AUGUCGCAGCCACCUUUUCGCAGUCGUCCAAAACUCCACCUUACCUUGACAGAUCUCACUGGCUCACCGCGCCAAUCAGCUCGGAGCACUCCACCGCCUACGAGUCGUUUCAUCACUCCAUACCCUACUCCUGGAGAUACCCCGUUCGCCAGAACAGCAUACUCUCCCUACUACUCUGCAGGUCUCAAAGCGCCAACGAUUGACGAAACCCCAGAGUCAUUCGCCCCUCGCCGCACGAUUAGAUCGUGUUAUCGCAAACACAAUGGGUACCGCUUCAAGCGUCUGUUUGCGAGCAAGCCCGUAUGGCUUCUACUCAUGGUUAUUGCGUUGGCUCUAUGGUGGUUCAACGGAGGCAGUGAGGAGAUGAAUGUUGUCAAGCUUGGGGCCAGUGGCUUAGGCAGGGACUUCUUGCACGAGAGGAGAAUGCAUGACUAUCAAUUCUACCCGGCCGCGAAUCCGAAGAUCCAUUACGUUGGCCGCUGGACGUCUACGCCCAAUAGAUUACGCAGAGAUGGAACAUUUCCAGGUAACUACCAAAGAUACUCUGAUAGCGACGGAAUAGCUUAUAGACCUUCUGUAGGAGUCUACUUUGACAUUUCCGUCAAGAAUACCACUUCUCUGCUCCUGGCCCUUCAUAAUGCGCCAGAGCAAGAGUCAAGCACACUAAGCAGUAUCCCAGAAGCAUCAACACUGCUAGUGCAUGGUCAUCGCAAGCAUUACUCAUUCCACCCAGUCCCCGGCGACAAAGCUGCACCGCCUGUCUCCUUGCUGGCCGAGGUCGAUGACCAAGAAUACAUUCUUCUGCCAAAUUCGUCAUCGCUAGUCACUAUCAGCUCCAAUGGCCUGGACGAGAGAAUAGAGCACCAUGUCCGCGUUGUCGCCCCAAUGACUGAUGACCAUGGGAUGGGCGUCGUGGAAUUGGAAGGUCUUUGGCUCAGCAAAGGAGGCAAGCUCGUCAAAGUGGCUGGGUCUUUGCUCAGCGAGGACUACGUGAACGAGGAUCUGCUGAACGCGGAGAACGAUCAAGUAGGAGAAAGGCAUAGGACUGGACUGAAUGACAUUGAGGAAGAUGGUACUACCAAAAGUGGUCGACAGAAGGCCAGCGAUAUUGCCGAAGACGACAAUAUUCCAUUCGCCAAUCAAGAUCGGAAAAAGCUACUUGAAGUUAUCACGGACUCACCGGGCUCUUUGACCGGAAAGCAACGGGGCAGGCGUACGGGAGGCGCGGACGGCUUGCUAUCUGGUGUCAUGGGCUGGGAGUACUUGCUGGGGGAGAUGUUUGGGGCUGAUCAUGUUGGAAUUGGUGUCGAUGGAAUGUGCCUAACGCCAGAUUGCAUUAGCGGCUCUGGCGAAUCAGCUGGUAUGGGAGAUGUUGGUCCCUAUGGCUCAGCAUACUUCGAACAUCCGUGGAUGUUCAGUGCUUACGUACCAGACGUCUUGGUGAUUAACCUUGGUGAUUCAGACGAUAUCUCUUUCAACGACCAUGCAUCUGAUCACAACAAGACUCUAUGGGACCUCUCUGAAAGCUUUGAGACGACAUACGUCUCCCUGAUCAAAGCGAUACGAGGACUAGCCUAUCCCAAACACCCAUCCAUUCUGCAAAGCGAGAGGAGUGGGACUCCUGGAAUGGUUUCGAGCAUAGCGCCAGCAGCGAUUCCCAUCUUCGUGAUGAGACCGUUGCGGGGUCAGCUUGAACAAGCUACUCAGAACGCAGUCGCCAAGCUUAGAGCUGAUGGAGACAAGGCGGUGUUCUGGCUCGACACCUCCGGCUGGCUUGAUACGAGCGUUGACGACUCGGAGGGCCUUGACUUCUUCUACGACGACACCGCGGCCCCCCCGAAGUGGAGAUUGACAGUGCAAGGGAACCAGCGAGUUGCUAUUUUCCUGCACAUGCAUGUUUGCAGAUAUCUUGCUGGCGUGGAGGAUAGAUGCGCUUUCCUGCCGCACGAAGUAUAUCAAGGCAAGGUCUUUAAUCCUGAACAGAAGAACUUUGACAAGUAUAUAGAAGACGAGAAAGAGAGAAAGCUGAAGAAGAUAUUUUGGGAGAAGGAGGGUGCAGUGAAGGGAGAUCUCCUCGUCUAA